AUGCUGAAUUCCAAUGAGAAAGAUCCAAUAGACUCAACUUCAUUUCGGAGUAUCCUAAGUGGAGUGAAGCGAAUGAGGGAUCAGUAUAAUGUUGAUGAAAAUGAGAGUAUACGAACGGAAGUACAACCUCAAGCAGAUGAUAUAAUAAACGACGAAACUGGCAAAACCAAGCAAAGCAAAAGUGAAGAAACUCAUUCUACAAGAGCUAAUAUCCAAAUUUCAAAUAGUAAUGAAGUUCAACGAAAUAAUAAUGGAUUAAAUACCACCAUUAAAACCAAUGCCUCUAGCAAUCCUCCUAAUACUACCAGGAGCAAUACUAAAAUAAAUGCAAGAGGAAGUAAUGUACAAACAUAUUCUUCGGUUCAAGUAUCACAGUCACAGAAGGGGAACCCACUUUUGACCAACUCUUUGAUGAAAAGUAUACCUUGGUCAUAUAACGGAUCAAUUCUUUCGGAUUAUUACAUUAAUCCAACAUUACAAAUACUAUUCCUUUCAUUAAAAUAUCAUAAGUUACACCCCGAGUAUAUAUGGCAAAGAUUGAAGAAGUUGAACAAGGGAUCUACGAUAGUAGAUACUUCCAAUGACAGGGUACUCAGAUUAUUAUUAGUAGUUGUCGAUAUCGAUGCUCAUCAAGAAAUUUUACGUAAAUUACUGAAUUUUUGUAUUAAACAAGACCUCUCACUAGUAUUGGCAUGGUCAUUUGAGGAAGCUGGAAAUUAUAUUGGUUUCUGUAAACAGUAUGAAUUGUCAUCAUCUAAGGUAAAGUCUGCAAUUAAGGGUACUAAGAGCUUAGAGUAUCAAGCAUGUGUAAUUGACACACUCACAGGAAUAAGAUCAAUAAACAAAACUGAUUCUGUUAAGUUAUUAGCGAACUGUGGAUCAGUAAAGAACAUUGUUUUACAAAGUUGCAAAAGCAACGAGGAUGGAGGUUUGAAUAACAUCCAAGGUUUGGGAUCAAGAAAAUUACUGAACAUGAGAUCUGUAUUUCUGGAACCAUUUAUUUAUAAUAAAGAAUACGACUAA